AUGGAAAAAUUUUGCUCCGAAAUAGUUCGUCGAGGAGUUCACCAAGUUGUAGCAGCAGCAGGCUAUGAUAAAAGUUCAAGGAUUAGCUGUGACAUUUUAACAGAUGUUUAUAAAGAAUACUUGAUGGCUUUGGGCAGAUCAGCACAAGAAAAUGCAAAUAAUGUUGGUAGAAGUGUAGUAAAUGCAAAUGAUAUUUUACAAGCUUUUAAUGAAUAUAAAGUAAAUGUGAAUGAGUUAAAAGAGUGGACAGAGAAUGAUGGGAGGGCUCUUAAUGGUUAUUCUGGAGUUAUUCCUAAUGUUUUAAAAGACACAGUCAAAGAUGAUCGGUGUGAAUCGGAUGAAAAUUUGUUAGUAGCUGUUAAUGCUACAAUGAAUAAAGAAAGGAGUAAUGAAGAUAUUGAUAUUAACGGUGAAGAGGAAACUAUAGAAGACGAUGCAAUGGAAAUCGAAGAAAAUAAUAUAACUUAUGAAAACACAGACAUUAAUGACAAUAAUAGCAAAAACAACAAUGUUGAUUAUCUUCACACCAGACCAAACUAUAUACCCGAGUGGUUACCGCCACUUCCAAAUAUAGGAAUUAAAUUGAAGGGAGGAAUGAAUCCAGAUUAUGUAAUCCAAGCAUUUUAUUCACUGCAAGAUCAGUAUAAGUUUUCACAUUCAUCUUCUGAUUCAAACCAAAAUUCCAAGCAUUCAUUAAAUGAUGAUUUAACUCCAACAAAUUCAUCGAAACGUAUUAAAUUAUUUAAACAAGAUGGCAAAUCAACAAAAAAAGCCAAAACAAUUACAGCGCUUUCAGGAAUCAAUACGGUAGCUGCACAAUCAACUGCACCAGUUGUAAAAAUCAAAUCAGUUGAAAAAAAGACUGAAGAUAAAACUUUACAGCCAUUAGCGAAACCUCCAGUUGCCACACCAAUAAAAAUAAAACUCAAAUUACCAAAUCCACCAAUUAUAACAACAGUUUCAUCAUCGUCGUCAUCAUCGACAGCACCACCCAAUUGUUUUUUAGACGAUGGCCAAUUCAUGGUUUCGUGUGAUCAUUGCCAAGUAUGGUUUCACGGUACUUGCACUGGUUUUGGUCCUGCGAGUGUUGAAGUUGGUACUUGGUAUUGUAAAAGAUGCACCGAAAAAGGUGUUGUAAAAGGUGUUGCUGAAAUAUAA